CCAGUGUGCUGGGGACUCCCAGGCCAAUACUGGCUCGCGCUCACGCUCAUCCACUUCAAUUUCUGCUACAUCCAGAGUCCCAACCGUGCCCGGGCCCUCACAGCACCAGGAAUUCCAAGUACCUAGAGACAACAUGGCCAAGCGAGUUGCAAUUGUCGGGGCUGGGGUCUGUGGCCUGGCCUCCAUCAAGUGCUGUCUGGAGGAAGGACUGGAGCCCACCUGCUUCGAGAGAAGCGACGACCUUGGGGGGCUGUGGAGGUUCACUGAACAUGUUGAAGAAGGCAGAGCCAGCCUCUACAAGUCUGUGAUUUCCAACAGCUCCAAGGAGAUGUCUUGUUACUCAGACUUUCCAUUCCCAGAAGACUGUCCAAGUUAUGUGCCAAAUUCUCGAUUUCUGGAAUAUCUCAAGAUGUAUGCAAACCGGUUCAACCUUCUGAAAUGCAUUCAAUUCAAGACUAAAGUCUGCAGUGUAACAAAACGCCCAGAUUUUGCCGUCACUGGCCAAUGGGAGGUAGUCACUCUGCGUGAAGGAAAGCGAGAGUCCGCCAUCUUUGAUGGUGUGAUGGUCUGCAUUGGUUUUCUCACUAACCCAUUUUUGCCACUAGACUCCUUCCCAGGUAUAAAUACCUUUAAAGGCCAGUACUUUCAUAGCCGACAGUAUAAACAUCCAGAUAUAUUUAAGGACAAGAAGGUUCUUGUGAUUGGAAUGGGAAAUUCCGGCACUGACAUUGCUGUGGAGGCCAGCCACGUGGCAGAGAAGGUGUUCCUCAGCACCACUGGAGGGUCAUGGGUGGUCAGCCGAGUCUGGGACGCAGGGUACCCAUCCGACAUGGUGAUGCAGACUCGAUUUGAGAACAUGUUCAUAAAUUGUCUCCCAACUCCAAUUGUAAAUUGGUUGAUGGCAAAAAGGAUGAACAGAUGGUUCAAUCAUACAAAUUAUGGCUUGGUUCCAAAAGACAGGACUCGGCUGAGAGAGCCUGUGCUGAAUGAUGAGCUCCCAGGCCGUAUCAUCACUGGGAAAGUGAUCAUCAAGCCAAGUGUAAAGGAGGUGAAGGAAAACUCCAUCAUAUUUAACAACACCCCAAAGGAAGAGCCCAUUGAUAUAAUUGUCUUUGCCACUGGAUACACCUUUGCUUUCCCCUUCCUUGAUGAGACGGUAGUGAAAGUUGAAGAUGGCCAGGCGUCACUAUACAAGUACAUCUUUCCUGCUCAUCUGCAAAAAUCAACCCUGGCCAUUAUUGGCCUCAUCGACAGCUUAGGCUCCAGAAUACCCACGGGAGAAAUACAAGCCCGAUGGGCUGUUCGUGUCCUGAAAGGUGUGAAUAAGUUACCACCACCAAGUGUCAUGAUAGAGGAAGUUAACGCAAAAAAAGAAAACAAGCACAGUGGGUUUGGCUUACGUUACCGCAAAGUUUUACAAACAGGUUAUAUCGCCUACAUAGAUGAGCUUCUGACCUAUAUGAACGCAAAACCCAACCUGUUCUCUAUGCUCCUGACGGAUCCACGCCUAGCUUUGACCGUCUUCUUUGGCCCGUGCACACCGUACCAGUUCCGCUUGACUGGCCCAGGGAAAUGGGAAGGAGCCAGAAAUGCCAUCUUGACCCAGUGGGAUCGAACAAUCAAGGCCACCAAAACUCGAACUGUAGAAGAACCCCCAUCUCCCUUUGCAAGUUUACUUAAACUCUUCAGCUUUCUAGCUUUGCUUGUGGCCAUUUUCCUGAUUUACUGUAAGUAAAAAAUUACCUUAAUGGCUCAUCAGAUGCACACAGUAGAUUUUCAGUGCUCUGCUUCCUCCCUUUCAGCACCAUUGCCUUCACAGCUCUGAGCCACAUCUGAGUAAUGAAGGCUACCUCCUGCCCUCCCGUGACUAGCCGCAGGCCUACUGCUGGUACCCCUGAGCCUCUCUCAGCUCCAUCUCCUUCUAAUGCUAGAGGAAGACAACCAAGAUUUCUGUGCAUUUGAAGACUGCGGGAAAGUUCCAAGUUCAUUUUAGAAGAGAGAGCUGCUCUGGAUAGCCCUCUGAGCAAUCAAACUCUUUGCCACGUAAAGUAUUUUCAUGGAUCUCAACUAAAACCCCCUACUUCACAAAAGAUAUGGCUGUACUGAAAUGGUGUU